AUGUCGAUGCGGGCCACGACGUGCUCGAUCUGGGAGAGGAUGGUGUUGAUUUUUGAUAGGCAAGCUCAAUUUCGAAUACAUUUUAGUUUGGCUGAGGCAUCAAUUCAGUGGGGAAAUCAUCGAUUUUGUAGGGAAGAUGGAUCUGUGGUGGUAUCCGAUUCAGCAGGCCAACGUGUAUACGAGGCUGCAGUGCUCAUCGAAGUAUGGUUUGUUGCUUCCCUGAGCUGGACUUCGAUUUGUGCUUAUCCGACGCGUGCCCCGAACUCAACUGCUGUUUCGUCGACCUCGAGAUACCAGUGGAUGAGGCAGAGGGCGGAGGAGACGUGCAAGGAUCAAAUUCCUGCUGCCCUGGAGACACUGCGACCUACAUCUUCAUGGGAGAGAGGGGCUGCUUCUGGGCAGGAAGAGGAUCCUGUUUUGCUUGGCGGACGAGGAGAUGGCAAAGUGGAAUGCCAGGUACAGGGAGAAGUUUGGCUUCGUGUUUAUGAUUUUGCGCCUCUGGGAGGACUGCACCUGAGCCUGGCUGAGCUUAAGGUACAGGGAGAAGUUUGCUCUAGGAUCAUGCUGAAAUGUGCUUAUUAUGAAGUGUAUGCUACCCAAAUUCUCUACCCUUGCAUGCAAUGUGCUGAUAUAUUUUUCUUGAAGGCAAGUAUUUAUCGUGCUAUUGCAUUCCAUGGUGGACAGGUUGUUGAAGCUACACUUAUUUCUAGAAUACAAAGAUUGGAGCAGAGACUAAUGAAAAUUGAGCCUCAUGUGGCUACAUUGCUAGAAGUUCUACCAAAUUGA